AUGGCCUCUUUCAAAUUUCUAAAACUUUUGGCUAUUCUUGCUGUAAUGUUUGCGGUCUUGGCUAUUUGUAGUCCAGCCUCAAAUUUGAAUAAAAAACACGAUGUUUGUCCUCCUCCUCCUAUUAUGCAUGUCUCAGGUCCGGCCGGUCGGGUUGCUAUUAAAUCUAUCCAGAAUGUCAGUUGGUGGUGUAAUGAAUGUAGUCCAGCAGACCCAGUAAUUAUUGAACUUAUUAAAAACUGUAAAGAUGUCUUAUUCAAGAGAAGGGGUCGAAAUGCCAAUUCCGGUUCGGAGGACUUUGUAGUUGAUCCAAAGUGGGCUACUGUUGGUGAUAAAUUCCAUUUUAGAGUAACCGAUCCGGUUAUACCUGUUUCUGGAAACAGUUCGAAAUUUAUAGUUUUUAAAAUUCAAGGGUAG